AUGGCGUCCAACCCCGAACGGGGGUUGAUUCUGCUCACGGAACUGCAGGGGGACUCCCGAAGUCUUCCAUUUUCUGAGAAUGUGAGUGCUGUUCAAAAAGUAGACUUUUCAGAUACAAUGGUGCAGCAGAAAUUGGCUGAUAUCAAGGAUCAAAUUAAGAGAGAAAUAAGGAAAGAACUGAAAAUCAAAGAAGGAGCUGAAAAUCUGAGGAAAGUCACAACAGAUAAAAAAAGCUUGGCUUAUGUAGACAACAUUUUGAAAAAAUCAAAUAAAAAAUUAGAAGAACUACAUCACAAGCUGCAGGAAUUAAAUGCAUAUAUUGUUGUAUCAGAUCCAGAAGAUAUUACAGAUUGCCCGAGGAUUCCAGCUACUCCAAACAGUGACCCUCAUUUUUCUACUAGCAACAAUAGAUUGAAGGCUCUACAAAAACAGUUGGAUAUAGAACUUAAAGUAAAACAAGGUGCAGAGAAUAUGAUACAGAUGUAUUCAAAUGGAUCUUCAAAGGAUCGGAAACUCCGUGGUACAGCUCAGCAACUGCUCCAGGACAGCAAGACAAAAAUAGAAGUCCUACGAAUGCAGAUUCUUCAGGCAGUCCGGACUAAUGAAUUGGCUUUUGAUAAUGCAAAACCUGUGAUAAGUCCUCUUGAACUUCGGAUGGAAGAAUUAAGGCAUCAUUUUAGGAUCGAGUUUGCAGUAGCAGAAGGUGCAAAGAAUGUAAUGAAAUUACUUGGCUCAGGAAAAGUAACAGACAGAAAAGCACUUUCAGAAGCUCAAGCAAGAUUUAAUGAAUCAAGUCAGAAGUUGGACCUUUUAAAGUAUUCAUUAGAGCAAAGAUUAACUGAACUCCCCAAGAAUCAUCCCAAAAGCAGUGUUACUAUUGAAGAACUUGCACUUGUUGCCGCAUCACCAACACUAAGUCCAGGUCAAAGGAUGAUAUCUACACAGAAUCAAUAUAGUACACCAUCCAAACCAGCAGCAUUAACAGGGACUUUGGAAGUGCGUCUUAUCGGCUGCCAAGAUAUCCUAGAGAAUGUCCCUGGACGGUCAAAAGCAACAUCAGUUGCGCUGCCUGGUUGGAGUCCAAGUGAAACCAGAUUAUGUUGCAUGAGCAGAAGGAGUAAAAGCAGAAGUAGUGGAAAUCUUCUAAAAACCCAUGACUUGUCCAGUGAUGUCUGUGCUGUUUUGAAGCUCGAUAAUACUGUGGUUGGCCAAACUAGCUGGAAACCCAUUUCCAAUCAGUCAUGGGACCAGAAGUUUACACUGGAACUGGACAGGUCACAGGUUACCUUUUUUAAUCCAGUUAUUGAAAGAAGACCAAAACUUCAAAAACAAAAGAAAUUUUUUUCAAAGCAACAAGGCAAAAGAUUUCUCAGAGUUCCUCAAAUGAAUAUUAAUAUUGCCACUUGGGGAAGGCCAGUAAGAAGAGUUAGUCCUACAGUAAAUCACUCUGGCACCUUCAGCCCUCAAGCUCCUGUGCCCACUACAGUGCCAGUGGUUGAAGUACACAUCCCUGAACGAGCACCUCCAGCUAGUGAUUCUACAGUAACCAAACUGGACUUUGAUCUUGAGCCUGAACCUCCUCCAGCCCCACCACCAGCUUCUUCCCUUGGAGAAAUAGAUGAAUCUUCCGAAUUAAGAGUUUUGGAUACACCAGGACAGGAUUCAGAGACUGCUUUUGAUACUGAGAAUGACAGAAAUAGUAUACUUCCAAAAUCUCAAUCUGAAUACAAGCCUGAUACUCCUCAGUCAGGCCUAGAAUAUAGCGGUAUUCAAGAACUUGAGGAUAGAAGCUGUCAGCAAAGGUUUCAGUGUAAUCUACAAGAUUUCAGGUGUUAUGCUGUCUUGGGAAGAGGAAAUUUUGGAAAGGUGCUUUUAGCUGAAUGUAAACACACCAAUGAGAUGUUUGCUAUAAAAGCCUUAAAGAAAGGAGAUAUUGUGGCUCGACAUGAAGUAGACAGCCUGAUGUGUGAAAAAAGAAUUUUUGAAACUGUGAAUAGUGUAAGGCAUCCCUUUUUGGUGAACCUUUUUGCAUGUUUCCAAACCAAAGAGCAUGUUUGCUUUGUAAUGGAAUAUGCUGCCGGUGGGGACUUAUUGAUGCACGUUAAUACUGGUGCCUUUUCUGAACCAAGAGCUGUAUUUUAUGCUGCUUGUAUAGUUCUUGGGUUGCAGUAUUUACAUGAACACAAAAUUGCUCAUAGAGAUUUGAAAUUGGAAAACUUAUUGCUAGAUACAGAGGGCUUUGUGAAAAUUGCUGAUUUUGGUCUUUGCAAACAAGGAAUGGGAUAUGGAGAUAGAACAAGCACAUUUUGUGGCAAUGCUGAAUGUCUUGCCCCAGAAGUAUUAACAGAAACUUCUUAUACAAGGGCUGUAGAUUGGUGGGGCCUUGGCGUGCUUAUAUAUGAAAUGCUUGUUGGUAAGCCUCCCUUUCAUGGUGAUGAUGGAGAGAAAGUUUUUGACAGUAUUGUAAAUGAUGAAGUAAGGUAUCCAAAGUCCUUAUCUACAGAAGCCACUUCUAUAAUGAGAAGGCUGUUAAGAAGAAAUCCUGAGUUGCGCCUUGGGGCUAGCGAGAAAGAUGCAGAAGAUGUAAAAAAGCACCCAUUUUUCCGGCUAAUUUAUUGGCGCGCUCUGAUGGACAAAAAAGUAAAGCCACCAUUUAUACCUACCAUAAAAGGACGAGAAGAUGUUAGUAAUUUUUCUGAUGAAUUUACCUCAAAAGCACCUAUUCUGACUCCACCUCAAGAACCAAGGAUACUUUCGGAAGAGGAGCAGGAAAUGUUCAGAGAUUUUGACUACACUGCUGAUUGGUGUUAAGUUGCUAGACUCUGCGAAACCAAGCUGACUGACUCCCAAGAAGACCUCUUAAAAAUAGCAACCCUUCAUUUGCUCUCUGUGCCACCAAUAGCUUCUGAAUUUUGUUUUGUUUUUUUUUUCUUAAUUGAAACACGUGAAGAUUUGUUUAAAAGUACCAUUCUAAUACUUCUUCAAAAGUGGCUUCU